AUGAUUAAGGAUGCAUCUCAGUAUAUUGCUGCAUCCCUAGCUUAUAUCAUUAAUCUAUCAUUGUCUUCUGGGAUAUAUCCUGCUCAAUGGAAAAACGCUAAAAUUAUACCAGUCUAUAAAUCUGGCAGCGUCUCAGAGUUGGACAACUACCGUCCAAUCUCAAUUCUACCCGCUAUCUCUAAAAUUGCGGAGCGCCUGGUUCACGAUCAGCUGGCAAUAUUUUUGGAAGACUCGAGUCUGUUAUCACCUACCCAGUUUGGUUUUAGAUCUAAGUACUCAACUGGUCUUGCAGUGACCUACUUCACAGAUUCAAUCAGGAAAGAAAUGGACCGUGGAAAGCUAACGGGGGCAGUUUUUAUAGACUUCCGUAAGGCAUUCGACACGGUCGACCAUGCUGUUUUAAUUAAAAAGAUGGAGAUGCUUGGUGUUCGUGGUGUCCAGCUUAAAUGGUUUACAGACUAUUUAUCAAAUAGACAACAAGUUGUAAUCUAUGAUAAUUAUAGAUCGAAUAAUUAUCCGGUUUCUUACGGCGUUCCUCAAGGAUCCAUCCUGGGGCCUCUUCUGUUUUUGAUAUACAUUGAUGAUCUUUCCAAGGUUUUAAAACACUCUAACGUUAUCAUGUAUGCAGAUGACACCGUUCUCUAUUUCUCUCAUGAAGAUAUUAAAAAUAUUGAAGCUGUUUUGUCUGAUGACAUGGAUGCAGUUGCACAAUGGUUGCAGAGGAAUCAGUUGGUGAUUAAUCUUAAAAAGGAUAAGUCGGAGUCUAUGGUUUUUGGUACAGCAAAACGUCUUGCAAAGGAUGGAAAUUCAUCUAUGUGUAUCCAAAUUGGAAGUGAUGUAAUUAGAAGUACCACUUCAUAUGUAUAUCUCGGUGUGAAGUUAGACCCAACGCUUAACUUUGGCCAGUAUCUGCACAAAACCUUCAAGAAAACAUCAAGUAAACUGAAAAUGCUCAAGAAGAUACGUUCUUCUUUGACAGUCCAGUCUGCUCGUAUGAUUUAUCAGUCCAUGAUUGUUCCAUUAAUGACAUAUUGUGAUAUGGUAACUUUAAAUCUACCUGGAUCAUGGUUAUCAAAGUUUGUCAAUUUGGAAAAUCGGGCAAAGAAAAUUAUUGCAAAUGGAUUAAGCAUUGAAAACGAUGAUUUAAAUAUACGUGACUUUUACUCGACACGCAUUUUUAACGCGGUUAUGGUGGUUUUUAAAUCUUUAAAUGGUCUAUCAUGUGAACCAUUUAAUGACUAUUUUCAAAUUAUGAGUCAUCAACAAAAUACCCGGAAUAACGAUUAUUGUCUGCGACUACCGAAAGUCAAAUUGGAAGUUGCCAGGAAAGGGUUUUAUUUCCAAGGAGCUAUGGCUUUUAAUAAACUGCCUUUACAUGUCCGCCAGAUAAACUCCAUUGUACAUUUUAAAAGUGCUCUUAAUAAGCAAAUGAACAGUUUUUAG